GUUCUUUUGUGUUUAUUUUUUAGUGGAUUAACGAAACCAACUGUGAUUCAAAGAGAUCGCGCAUUUUGAAGAAACUGAUUCAUACUUUUGAAAGACAGAGUGGGCUUCAAAAAAUUGAUGAAAAUAUUAGAAGAAAUGCAACCUCUACUCCUUUGAGAGCAAAACUGUACACCCUUCAAUCUCCGGAAAAACCGAGAAUUGUCGCCGUCCAUCCAAAAACUAACACUGGUUUAAAUUCUUCCAAUCAUUCUUCUGUUUCGUACGGUGAUUUCUUAUCAACAGCUAGCGAACAUCCAAGCUAUGACAGUCCCAUUAUUUUUGACGAAGAAACAAACUUUUAUACAGCCAUUGAGGACUUAAACGAAUCAAACCAGGAAAGAACAUAUUAUAACGUUAGCGAAUUUUUGGUUGAACAGCAGAAAGACAAUUUCAUGAGACACUCAACUUUAUCAAAGUCGUGUCGGCCGAACGUUUCUAACAAGAAAUCCAACUUCAUUCGUAGAAAUUCUUUACGAAGUACAAAACGCGAAAUAACAAAGAAAUUUGUCGUAAAUUUGUACGAAAGCAGAAUGCCAGAAGUUAACAAUAAUGCUAUGGAAGACGAAGAUGCUAUUUAUUCUGUACCCAUGAAAAAUAAUAAGGGCGCGAAUGACACUGAGGAUAAUAACGAAGGUGUAAUCGUUUCUCCUAAAAGAUGUCAAAAUAAAGUCCGCGAUGACAGGUUACCGGUGAAAACUUUUGACGAAAAUUUCAAUAAGGAAAUCUUGUGUCGAGAAAUUCAGGAAAAUAAUGAAGUUAACGAAUAUGCAGUUUUGGACAUUACUGCGUCAACAGAUUCGGGAUUUUCGGAAAACGGCAGCCACAAGAACAACCCCGAUCUUUUCCCAGAACUUAAGCAAAAGGCAGACGUUCAGGGUCAUAUAAUGAAACAAGCAUCUUCGGCAUUGAAAAUCCUGAGGAAAAAGAACAAUCACCAGCCAGCUCCUGGCGAACUUGUUGCCGAAAAAAUACUCCUCAUCUCUAGUUAUACUCAUGAGGCCAUUUUGCAAGAGAUUCGCCAGAAUCAAUACGAGAAUGUGACACAAAAUGAGGAUCGUCACACGGCAUCAUUGUCAAUAUCUGGAUUGAACUUCAAUCUGGAAAAUAACGCCAUCGACGACAGUCACAACUUUUACUUCGUUUGUAUUUGUUCGCAAGGGUCGACCGUUUACGCCACCGAAACGGUGGAGGCGCAACCUGGACAAAAGUCGAUCACAUUCCGACAAACGUUCGCUUUCGAUGGUCUCAAUACCGAGUUUAUACUGAAAGUGAACGUUUACUUGUUUAAAUUGAAGAAGAGUUACGGAAAAUUCGGUUUCAAUAAAGUUCGAUCGUGCUGUACGCCCCCUCGACGUGUCCUUUACAAGGACUCGUAUUCCUACAACAUUGUGGAGACUGAAAUUCCAUCGUCCUCGUUCGUAUGUUGCGGAAGUCUUCAGGUGCAAAUUGGUGACUUAAAAAAGGGCGUAUGGAAAUUGGACAAACUGCCAAGAAGUUCGCCUUUGACCGGAACGACUGACCUCAAAUUUACAAUCACCAAGAUGGACAUCAGCGCAAACCGCAGCGGUUUCUUAACCGUGGGAACCCUAAAGAACAAUAAUAUAGUGUGGAACAGAAUGUGGUGCAAGAUAAAGGGACACAACCUAAAGUUCUGGAAUUAUCCUACAGAUGAACACAUUAAUCCUCCGGUUAUCGCUUUGGAUAUGAGGAAAAUCCUGACGAAUCCUGUGGACUAUGCGAACAGAUGCGAGUGUCCGAGACCGAGGACUCUGCAUUUGGAGGUUGAAGAUGAAAAGUUGACGUACAAAACAUCGACGAUUUCGACGCCUCUGGUGAAAAACAACAUGCACAUGGGAUACUACAAGAUGGUGGAGUAUUAUUUAUCUGCGGAUACCCAAGCGGACAUAGAGGGUUGGAAAGAAAAAUUGAACUCCGUAAUAAAGUUUCUGAAACUGUGGAAUACGACAGAAAAAAAUACAUAUUUGUGAGAACAU